AUGACUACACCCUCCACGUCAGCAUCUACAGGAUCGUCGUCUACUAUUACACUUCCCACUGUGUCGACUUCAACGACAACCAGAACCUCACCAACAACACCGACAACAUCAUCGCCUACACCAUCGUCUACACCCUCCACGUCGGCAUCUACAGGAUCGUCCUCCACUGUUACACUUUCCACUGCAGCGCCUACUACCCCUACAAUGACUACACCCUCCACGUCAGCAUCUACAGGAUCGUCGUCUACUAUUACACUUCCCACUGUAUCGACUUCAACGACGCCCAGAACCUCACCAACAACACCGACAACACCAUCGCCUACACCAGCGUCUACGCCUACCACGUCGACAUCUACAGAAUCGUCCUCCACUGUUACACUCUCCACUGCAUCGCCUACUACCCCGACAAUGACUACACCCUCCACGUCAGCAUCUACAGGAUCGUCUUCUACUAUUACACUUCCCACUGUGUCGACUUCAACGACAACCAGAACCUCACAAUCAACACCGACAAUACCAUCGUCUACCACAAUGUCUGCACCCUCUUCAUCGUCUUCACCAGGAACGUCAUCGACAAUAACGCUGCCAACAUUUACAACUCGAACUAGACCCUCAAUGAUUAAUCAAGUUUCUACGACAACAACUGUUGCUACUUCAAUGGAAUCAACAGGAUUUACCAAGGACGCACCAGUUGUUACGGUGACUGUAUCGACUAUAAAUCCUGUUGUGUCAGAUUCGCCCACAGUAUUUGUGUCCAAUACUAAUAUUAACAAUGCCGCUCCGAACGUUGGAUUGAUUUCGCCACAAAACUUACCAAAGCCUCCAAGUUUGCUUCCCUUAUUGUUCGUGAAACCUAUAUCGCAGGCAUACAACAAUCUAAGAAUUUAUCAAAAUGGAAUAAAAAAAUUAAACAAAAACCGAAAACACAUUGUUCAUCGGUACCCUCGAUUCAAGUAACCAUGAUGUGUUUGAUUGGGUCGAUAUGGCUUUUGAUGUAAUUGUAAUUGAUGUAAGCGAUAGUUUGAUUUAUAAAAUACAAAUGAAUUAUGUUUUAACAGUGAGUAAGUAAUGAAAAUUAUGCAGCAAACAAAUAUGCCUCGUAAGAUUUUAUGUGCUAUUGAGAUUUGAAAAAGCAAACUUUAAUGGAUUUGUAUGUGUUUGUUUGGCGAAUGGCGCACGCUCUUAAAAUAUGAAACAUGUUUUCAAAAAUAAUUUACUACAAGUAAAUUAAUAAAAUAAAACAUUUAAAAUGACUAGUAAUAGCUAUGUACUAAAAACAAUAAA